AUGAAGACAUUUUUCUUGGAGCGUUACUUCCCAGCAUCUAAGGCUGGUAGUAUAGGGAAGGAAAUCUGUGGCAUUCGCCAACAGACUAGGGAGUCAUUAUAUGAGUAUUGGGAGAGAUUUAAGAGGCUAUGUGCUAGCUGCCUCCACCACCAAAUAAGUGAACAACUCUUGAUCCAAUACUUUUAUGAAGGACUAUUUCCAUUGGAUAGGAGCAUGAUUGAUGCAGCAAGUGGGGAAGCACUGGUGGACAAGACUCCUACUGCAUCUAGGAGCUUAAUUUCUAAUAUGGCAACUAAUUCUCAACAGUUUGGAGUUCGUCAAGAAGUUUCAGUUAAGGGAUUAAAUGAGACAAACUCUAAAGUAGAACAACAACUUGCACAAUUAACUAGUAUGGUUCAACAGAUGGCUUUAGGUCAUCAAGUGAGACCUUGUGGCAUAUGUCAGUUGGUGGGGCAUCCUACUGAUGCAUGUCCCACACUUCAAGAGGAUACCAAUGAGCAUGUAAAUGCAAUGGGGGGGGGGGGGGGGUUCCCAGGGCAACCUAGGCAAAGGUAUGACCCUUAUGCUAUAACUUAUAACGAAGGAUGGAAGGAACAUCCUAAUCUUCGAUAUGGGAACAAACAACAAACUGUUCCUACCAGACCACCAGGGUUUAAUUCCCAACAAAGGCCUCAACAAGCCUAUGUAACUUGUCAUCAACAACUUCCUACUGGAGUCCCACAAGCUCAAGAACCAUCAAUGUCAGACAUGCUUAAAACUUUGGUAGCUUCCAAUAUACAAACUCAAGUAAUUCUUCAGAGUACUCAAGUGUCUCUCAAGAAUUUGGAGAACACAAUAGGACAGAUUGCUACAUCUCUGAGCAAGCUUGAAACUCAAAAUUAUGAACGGUUACCUCCCCAACUAGAGAGGAACCCAAGAGCAAAUGUAAGUGCGAUAACACUGCAAAGUGAAUUGAAAAAGUUUAAGAAAGAGGAAGCUGACAAUGAAAUUCUUGAGACUUUUCGAAAAGUUGAGGCAAACAUUCCAUUACUUGAUGCUAUUAAACAAGUGCCACGUUAUGCUAAAUUUUUUAAGGAUUUGUGCACGAAUAAGAAGAAAUUGAAGGGUAAUGAGAAGAGAAGUGUGGGGGAGAAUGUCUCUGCCGUUCUCCAAAAGAAGCUACCACCAAAAUGCAAGGAUCCUGGAACCUUUACAAUUCCUUGUAUGAUUGGGAAUAAAAGGAUUGAGAGGUGUAUGAUUGAUUUGGGAGCAUCGAUUAAUGUCAUGUCAUAUUCAACAUAUGCUUCUUUAAAUCUUGGGCCACUAAAGGAGACAAGAGUUAUUAUUCAACUGGCUGAUCACACUAAUGCUUAUCCUUUAGGGGUAGUUGAAGAUGUGCUGGUGAAGGUUGACGGACUUGUCUUUCCAGUAGAUUUCUAUAUACUUGAAAUGGGGGAUGCAUCAAUACCCAAUCCGACACUAGUUUUAUUUGGGAGGCCAUUCUUGAUGACAACAAAUACAAAGCUGGAUGUUAGAGCUAGAACACUGACAAUGGAAUUUGAUUCAAUGUGUUUGAUUCUCCUGGUAAGAUCAAGGGGAAGGAGACUUCAUUGA